AUUAAGCGAAUGCCCGCUCCCACAAACGUCACUGAGCUGAGGAGUUUCCUUGGAGCUAUCCAGUUCUGGGGAAAAUUCGUGAAGAACAUGAGUGAUUUACGAACUCCUUUGGACAAUUUGCUCAAGAAGGGGGUCAAAUGGAAAUGGACACCAAAGUGUGAAGAAGUUUUUCGCCGUUUCAAGGAGAUACUUACCUCUGAUCUGUUGCUUACGCACUACGACCCAAGUUUGCCCAUUAUAGUUGCCUCUGACGCAUCAUCUCACGCACUGGGGUGCGUGGCUUAUCACCAGUUUCCUGAUGGCAGCAUGAAGGCAUUCUAUCACGCCUCUAGACGACUGACAGACACAGAGACGCGAUAUAGCCAGAUCGAGAAGGAAGCACUUGGAAUUAUUUUCGCUGUAAAGAAAUUCCAUCGUUUUAUUUACGGCCGGAACUUCACACUAUUGACAGAUCACAAACCUUUAGUGUCUAUUUUCGGCAGCAAAAAGGGUAUUCCAAUUCACACGGCUAACCGACUCCAACGCUGGGCACUCAUACUAUUGGGGUACGAUUUCACGAUCAAAUACACAUCCACCACAAGUUUCGGUCACGCAGACGUACUAUCCAGACUGAUUUCUAACCACAAACAUUCUGAUGAUGACGUAAUCAUCGCUGGAAUUCAACUCGAAGAAUCAUUUGACGAGAUGGUUUUGACAGAUGCAACAUCUCCAUUACCAGUGAAUUUCCGGAUGAUCCAGAGCGCGACCAAAUCAUCAAGUGUUCUCCAGGAAGUUGCUGCGUACGUGAAAGGUGGCUGGCCUUCUUCCCAAAAAGCCGUGAAAAACAGGGAAGUCUCUCGCUAUUAUAAGAUCCGUGAUGCUUUGUCAUUAAUCCAUGAUUGUGUCUUUUACAGGGACAGGGUAGUGGUACCUGAACAGUUUCGGAGCAAAAUCCUCACACAGCUACAUGAAGCCCAUCCGGGAAUGUCACGCAUGAAAGCCCUGGCACGCAGCUACGUGUUUUGGCCAGGAAUUGAUGAGGAUAUUGAGGAGAAAGUGCGCCAUUGCUCCGACUGUGCCACUGCAUCCCGGUCCCCUGUAAAGACCGAUCUCGCAUCAUGGCCACUGGCUACCCGGCCAUGGCAAAGGAUCCAUAUCGACUAUGCCAAGUACAAGGGAGAGUAUUUUCUACUCAUCAUCGAUGCCUAUACCAAGUGGCCUGAGGUAUUUCAAACAUCUUCCAUGACGACCUCACUGACCCUCCAGAAACUAUCGGAAGUUUUUGCGCGUCUUGGACUUCCUGAGGUCAUCGUCAGUGACAAUGGGACUCAGUUUGUCAGCGGAGAGUUCCAGGAAUACUGCCGCGUCAAUGGAAUUCAGCACCUUCGCACUUGUCCAUAUUCUCCAUCGUCUAAUGGGCAAUGUGAGCGCUUGGUCGAUACUUUGAAGCGCUCUCUGGAGAAACAGGCAUCGCAGAAAAUCGACAUUGCUCUUCAGAGAUUCUUGGCCAAUUACCGUGUAACUCCUAACGAGUAUGCACCAUCAGGAAUGUCUCCAUCUGAGGUUAUGUUUGGACAGAAAGUUCGCACAAUCUUUGAUCUCCUCAAACAUCGUCCAGUGGAGCCCCUGCAGCGCAAUGAGCAAAUGGAGAGUGAUUACAACAAACGUCACGGAACAAAACAACGCUCCUUCCGGAAGGGGGAGGGGGUAUACGCCAAGACAUACGCACAAGGAGGAAAGUGGAAGUGGACUCCCGGAAAAAUCAUUGAAAGGCGAGGAUCUGUUACUUACAAUGUUCGCCUAACCAAUGGACUUCUCGUCAGAUCUCACACAAAUCAAUUAAAGCACCGUUUUGUACAGCCCGGGAAUUCCUCUGACCAAUCUUCUGCUGCUGUGCCUCUGUUCAAUCACUCAUCACCAUCUCCACCACUUGCUCCUGUGCCAACUCGAUCUUGCGUCACGGAGACGUUGGAUCGCUCAUCUCCCACAAAAUCGCCUGUGAAGUCACCACAAACACCAGUCAAAUCUCCAGUGCCUGGAGGUUCUCGUGAUGAAACCUCAUCCGAGGUGACUCCACCACGCCCUGCUCCAAUCACGACGAACUCACGACACUCUUCACCACGAUCAGCUGUCACUAUUAGUUCGGACACACAAGACGAUAGCGACACACUUGAUUCGUCUAGUGGUGUCUCGGCUAAUCCGGGACAAGAAGUUGCUCAAGAGGAUGAGCUAACCCCCGCUGAUUCUCCAGAACUCCCGAGACCCGAACACACACCGAUGUAUCGCCGUUUGAGGGCAAGGCCAUAUCGCAUUAGCGAUCGCUUCAAGGGUAAAGACUAG